AUGGGAAAGACAACUGUGGGUCAGAUCGUAAACCUCAUGUCAAAUGAUGUCAACCGGUUAAUGACAGCUCAAUUGACUGAUAACCGGCUCCGGUAUAUGGUGGAGAUUAUAUCGGGUAUGCGAGUCAUCAAAAUGUAUGCCUGGGAGCAGCCAUUCGACGACCUGGUGGCUAAUGCCAGAAAGCAAGAAGUGGGAUACAUUAAGCGAUCGUGUUUUCUAAAGGCAAUCAAUAUGUCCCUGUUUAAUACAGCCACCAAGCUCAUACUAUUCGCCGCGUUUAUCACGUACGUACUGACCGGACACGUACUGACUGCCAAAGCCGUGUUUGUAUCUAUGAUGCUGUUUAAUACCCUGCGCGUGAAUAUGACCUGGUACUUCCCACAAGCUAUAGCUAUGGGCGCCGAGAUGUUGGUGUCGUGCCGUCGUAUACAAACUUUUCUAGAGUUAGAAGAAAUUCAAUUGAAUUCAACGAAAAUCUCAAAUAGUGUUGAAUUGAAUACUUCAGGCAAACAAACGCCUGAACUGUCGGUCAAUAAUAUUAGCGCCAAAUGGAGUGAAGACAGUCCGUAUCCAACACUUCAUAACAUAUCAGCUCAUUUGAAACCUGGAGAUCUAUUGGCUGUUAUUGGACCGGUAGGCGCUGGAAAGACUUCAUUUUUGAUGACUUUGUUGAAUGAGUUACCGGUGCUCGAAGGAAGCAUACAAACUGUGGGCACCAUUAGCUAUGCCUCUCAAGAGCCCUGGAGUUUCAAUAAUAGCGUCAGAAAUAACAUACUGUUUGGUAGUGAAUACGAUGAGCACCGGUAUAAACAGGUAGUCCAUGUCUGUGCCCUGGAAAGGGAUCUCCAGAUAUUCCCCUUCGGAGACAAGACAUUAGUUGGAGAGAAAGGGGUCUCACUAUCGGGUGGACAGAAGGCUAGGAUCACUUUGGCCCGGUAUGGCAUUCACGGCACCGGAAGCAUACAAACUGUGGGCACCAUUAGCUAUGCUUCACAAGAGCCUUGGAGUUUCAAUAAUAGUGUCAGAAAUAACAUAUUGUUUGGCAGUGAAUACGAUGAGCACCGGUAUAGACAGGUAGUUCAUGUCUGUGCUCUGGAAAGGGAUCUCCAGAUAUUCCCCUUCGGAGACAAGACAUUAGUCGGAGAGAAAGGGGUCUCACUAUCGGGUGGACAGAAGGCUAGGAUCACUUUGGCCCGAGCUUUGUAUCGCAACUCAGAUAUCGUACUAAUGGACGACCCGUUGAGUGCUGUCGACACCUCUGUUGCCGAACAUAUAUUUGAUAAAUGUAUAGUGGAGUACUUGUCGGACAAAAUCCGAAUUCUAGUCACACAUCAAAUCCAAUUCAUACGAAAAGCCACACAAAUACUGGUCUUAAGCCCAGAGGGCCGGUGCCUGGGGUUGGGCUCAUACGACGAGCUCCAGUCUCAGGGCCUGGACUUCAUGAAACUACUAAGCGAUCAGGACAUGGAUGCAACAAAACAACAGGAACGGGAUCUCAUGAGAACUCUGUCACAAAAUAGUUAUGACACCAAAAUCACAUCCCGAACCGCAUCGGAUGAUGUGAUGGACGGGCAGUAUUCGGGUGACCCUAAAAUACAAGACGAAAACCGGGAGUUGGGCUCCAUUUCCGGUCGGGUAUAUUGGAAGUACAUUAGGGCCGGUGCCGGACCCCUACUGUUUAGCGUAACCCUAUUUUUCACCCUGGUAUCUCAAGCUAUAUUUCACGGUUCAGACUAUUAUUUAACCGAAUGGACUGACAGUAAUCAGGAAAAUACAAACUCGGAUACCAGUGCCCAGAAUAACGGUGUAAUUAUCUAUUCAUCACUAAUGGGCGCACUGUUUAUGACAUCCCUAUUGAGGGCCAUCACGUGGUUCGUGAUGUUUAUGAGAGCCUCCGUUAAUCUACACAACAGUAUAUUCUAUCGACUAUUACGGGCGCCGAUAGCCGUGUUUGACAACAACCCCGUCGGGCGUAUACUAAAUCGGUUUACCAAAGACCUGGCCCGGAGCCCAGUCUAUUCACACGUGAGCACCACCCUGAGUGGGUUGGCCAGUGUGCGGGCCUAUGGGGCACAGGAAAUGUUUGAGCAGCAAUACUACGUGUACCAGGAUGACCACUCAGCCACCUGGAUACUAUCCAUUACUGCUAACCGUUCAUUUGGAUUGAUAAUGGACUGGCUGUGUGUGGGAUAUAUUGUGGUUAUAUUUGCUGUACUUAUGAUAUAUUCGGACGGUUUAAAGGGAGGGGAGGCGGGACUGGCGUUUUCAUCGGCCCUGAUGCUGACGGGUAUGACUCAGUGGGGGGUCAGACAGUCGGCUGAGUUGGAGAGUCAGAUGACUUCAGUCGAGAGAAUCAUAGAGUACUCGAAACUACCACAAGAGGCGCCGUUAGACUCGGAUGACAGACACCGACCGCCACCUGACUGGCCAUCCAAGGGUCAGAUAGAGCUGAGGAAUAUGUCUCUCGUAUACGAGGGCUCAACCAAACCGGUGCUGAAGAACCUGUGCUGUAGUGUGAAGAGUGGCGAGAAGAUAGGUAUAGUCGGACGUACCGGUGCCGGCAAGUCGUCCAUCAUAUCAGCCCUGUUCCGGAUGGUGGAGCCCAGGGGUGAGGUAGUGGUGGACGGCGUGGACACCAAAUCGAUAGGUUUGCAUGACUUGAGGCGCAACAUCUCAAUCAUACCUCAGGAUCCGGUGGUCUUCACGGGUCCGGUGCGCAGAAAUUUGGACCCUUUUGGUGAAUACACGGAUGACCUCAUAUGGAGUGCCUUAGAGGAGGUGCAGCUCCGACACGCCGUUCAGGACCUGCCCGGACAGCUGGACGGCCUACUGAGCGAAGGGGGCGGUAAUCUGAGUGUAGGUCAGCGCCAAUUGGUGUGUUUGGCUCGAGCUAUACUCCGCCACAACCGCCUACUAGUGCUCGACGAGGCGACCGCUAAUGUGGACCACCGGACGGAUGCCUUAAUUCAGACCACAAUUCGCCACAAAUUCAGUGACCGUACGGUCCUUACGAUCGCUCACAGACUCAACACUAUUAUAGACUGCGAUCGCGUUUUGGUGUUAGACGCGGGAGAGAUCGUCGAGUUUGACGAACCCUUCGCUUUACUGCAACGGAGGGGACAGUUGUACGACAUGUGCAGAAAGACC